GCAAACGCACAUACUACAGAAGCUUGAUAAAGAAGCUUUUGUAAUCUGAACAUUCUCACAAAACCAGGAUGUCAGACGAGAGAAAGCUCUCUGUGCAACAACGAGUGAGCAAAGAAGGGAAUUUCAAUAUGCCGAGAAGCGGAAAUAAAAAGUCCGACGCUGUAACACAAGAACUUGGCGAUAAAUCUGCUUCUGGUGAUAGCUUAAUUUCGGAGAAAUCAAACAGCAGGUCAAGUAGCAUCAUGAUGGAUGGACGGAGAAACUCUGAUGAGAAAUCGAAAACUGUGGCAAAACUAAACGGGAAGAAAAACAAGGCAAAUGGAUCGAGUUCUGAAAAAGUAGAUGAUCAAAUGAAUUACGAGCAUUUGAAAGAACUGGAGAAGAUAUUUGAAGAUGCAAAAUCGGAAGGAGCUGAAGGACUGAGCAUGGAUCAAUUCAGGAUUGCAAUGAAGAAAACUAUGGGAGAACAUAUAGAUGAUAGACAGCUUGAUCUUAUGUUCAUGAAAGUUGAUAAUAAUUGUGACGGAACCGUCGACUGGGAUGAAUACUUGUCAUAUAUGUUACUGGAAUACCAAGAGAAAGAAAAUAUGUCAACGAUGGAUCAAGAUAAACCAUUUCCAAAUCCUUUGGUAGAAAAAUCGUCGAAUCAUAUUGAAUCUAUUUGCAGAAUCACAAUGUUACAGGCUUCUUCAUCGAGGCAAAGUCCAGAUAAUUCGGACGCUGAUGACGCCGCCAGUCGUUAUCUGACCUUGUCAAAAGAAGGGAUAUUGAAUGUUUGGAACCUCGACUGGCAACUUCAGAAAACAAUGAAUUUAAGAGGAAACUCAAAAUCAAUUUGGUUUACAGACAUGACUUGUAUGGCAAAUUGCAACAGUUUUGUCGUUUCAUCGUCGGAAUACGAAAUUUCCUUCUAUACCAUCACCAGCAAUUUGAUUCAAAAAAAGUUUCAGAUAAAAAGGCUUCGUUGCUGUGCUUUGACUUUGGAUUACAGCUUCGACCGGAAAGAUCCGCAGAAGAGUGUGUUGCUCUGGGGCGAUACAGGUGGUAACAUAUUCAUUGUGCGUUUUUACGAAAAUCCGAAUGUUGCCCUUUUUUCAAACUCAAAGCUGUUCGGCGGGAGAACAAUUUUGGACAAAAUGAUGAAGAUGGAAUCUACUAAUUUUACUGUCAUGAAAAUCAGUGAAGUUCACGGAGACUGGGUGCAACAAGUGCGCUAUUUUUCAAACAAUAAGGGGCAAGAAUGUCUUCUCUCUUGCUGUGUUCAACAAGAAUCCGCUUUAUUUUUCGCUGACAUCACAGACAGUGGGAAAAGCAAUAAAAUAUCUGUGAACAGAAAAUCUUAUUUUACGAUUCGCAAAGGAGUUUUAUGUCUCACGUAUGACCCAGACUGGAAUCUCAUUAUCACCGGAAGUAGGGACUGUGACGUCAGAGUAUGGAACCCAUUCAUAGUUGCCAGAUCAUUGGCUGUUUUAAAAGGGCACCAUGCAGCUGUGUUACAUGUUGUUCUUCGUAAAGCUGACCAUCAAGCAGUAAGCAUAAGCAAAGACAGCAAUAUACGUGUUUGGGAUCUUCGUUACUACACUUGUAAACAAAACAUAAACGGUAGAAACGUUUGUCUUGGUCGCCUUGACAUCACCAGCGCGUACUUUCACGAAGGACACAAAGAACUGGCAAUAGGCACUAACAAGAUUGGUAUAUUUUCCCCGAAGAAUUCUAUUCGAAGUAGCACAAAUCGAAAACAAGCUACAAGUCACCAAAAGGCAGUCACGUGUGUUUUAUACAACAAGCUCUUUCACCAGAUUGUUACCGGUGGCGAAGAUUCGAUGGUUUGUAUGUGGGAUAUGAACAAUGGAAAGAAAACAAUGCAGUUUUGUGCAGAAAGGGGAGUUGAAAUCACAUCUAUGACCUUUGACCCAACGUGGCGACGGCUAGUCACAGGAUUGCGGAAUGGUGCAACAAUGUUAUGGAAUUUUAACAACGGUGCAUGUCUUCGGCGAUUAACACGUUCAGAUGGGCUUGAAAUAUCUGAUAUCAUUUUUUCAAAGCAAAGAAUUGUGACAGCCGGAUGGGGAAAGCAGCCUGUUGUUUAUAUGGAUUCUUACUCAGACGAUGAGUGCUUUACGCUUAAUCGAAAACAUGGUGACGACAUCAUGUCGUUGGACUACCACAGGCAUGAGGCAAUACUGGCUUCAUCUGCGUACGAUGGUGAUAUAUAUUUGUGGUCACUCGAAACGAAAGACGUUCAUGUCGCUUUCAAUAUGCAUAAAAGUUUGUUACCGAUGCACAUUGGAGGAUCGAGAAAGAGAAAUGGAGAAGAUGAAAUGAAUAUCACAGAUCACAAGACUGGGUCCUUCCCAGGUCUACACAAACAGCAGAAUUCUUCCUGUAUUAGUGUAAACACCAGCGACGAAAAUAUUGGGGUCGCAAAUGAGUGUUCACGGAAGCAACGCAAAAAACGCAAAGAGUCAAAUAGGUCCAUAAAAGAAAAAACACAGAUAAAAGAAAUGAAUGCAAAAUUCACAGCUAGUGGGACUGAAAUAAAUAGCGCAGAUAUUUGGCUUCCGAACUCCAUGCCAUGGAUUCGAAAACAAAAUCAGAAGCAUACAUCAAAACGCGUACACUUCGAUGACUCAGACGAAGACGACAUUCAAAUUGAAGAUGAAUCGUCAUUUGAAAUAACAGACAAAGCUGUUUACAAGCUUUUAUUUUUACAAACUCGAAACAACAGCGAUACAUCGGCUAUAUUAAUUGCAUCAAAUGACAAUGGAUGGAUUACUGCCUGGUCGUUGAAUACAAGAGGGGGUUUGUUGGCAUACUUUCGCGCCACAAAACAGGAAACGGGCAUGGUAAUCAGCAUGGCAACUGAUUCAGAGGAUCGUAUAUUGAUAACUGGAGAUAGCAAAGGAUACAUACGAGUUUGGCAUAUUGAAAAUUACUGCAACGGUGGUGACGUCAUAUUACACCGAAAAAUACAAGAUCAAAAAAGAAUGCACCGAAACGAGCGUGAAAGAAACUCGAUGUAUUUUCAACCAUACAUGCCAAUCACCGAACCUCCUCAACUUCAAAUGUCAGUGAUGGGCCACACUAAAGCAGUAACAUCAGUGGCAUUUAUUGAACGCCAUGGUUUGAUAGCGUCAGGAAGUGUUGACUGCAGCGUUCGGCUAUGGACAAUAACAGGACGAUAUAUUGGCACAUUUGGACAAAAGAAUCUGUGGUCUCUUGAAUUCCCAAUCGUGCCCCAAAAUUUACCGACGGGAAUACCAGAAGACAUAAGGAGAUGUGCAUCGACUACUACGUUAAAGACGAUGAAAGGCGGAUAUCACGCGCAAUGGAAGCAAGUGAAAAACGCAGUUAAUUUUUUCGUUAAAGCAGGAAGAACUCUACAAUUUUUCAAACCAGCUGGGGAACAGGAUGAGAAAAAGAGGAAGCUUUCUGUUCGUAAUCGUUUUGAUGAAGUUGAUAAAGAAAUAUUGGAGGAAUCAACGAAAAAAACAGGUACCAGAAGAAAGAGUGUCACAGUAUGGUUGUCGGAUGUACCUCACGCUAUUUCUGUCGUGAAAAAGCCGGAUGACAAGGUUGAAAACAGUUUCUUGCGACUUCAGAAUGAAGGCAUUCGAAGUUCUAUUCUCGGUAAAAUAAAUUAUAAACCAAAGAAGAGACAUCGAGAAAAUGGAAUUAGCAAACCAAUCACAUGGUUUAAUCAGCAUGCGUCGGUGUACAACACAUUGCCGUAUUCUCACUUAUCUGCCACGUUGGAGCCCACGUUACCGGACUAUAUCAAGCGUGCAACAUCUGCUUCCAAUCCUAAACCCAACGACCCAGCGAAUGCAUUACAUUGCGCUAUGCUAAGUAAGAAAGCGGGAUCAAACUGGCAAAGACGAAGCAAUAAAUCAACAAAGGAUACUGAUUCUAAAGUCAAAGUUGGUAACGGAUCGAAUACAACAGACCAAGGCGGCUCGUCCAUAUCUACCGAGAUAAAAAAUCUCCUUCAGAGUUCCAAAUUACCGCCGAUAGGAUCGGAAAUUUUACUCAAAUCGGCAAAGUCUAGGAGGAAAACAAAGCAUGCUCCUUUCGCACUUCCCAGCAUUGCCACGUAAUAUUGUGGUGGGACAUGUGUUCUUAAAUUGCAUUAAGGUGCGACAGCGCCAAAAUCAUUGAGAU